UAGUAAGCAAAGAUAAAAAAACGAAAAGCCGACUAAUUUAUUAACUUUCUCAUAUUUGUUUUAGCAACAUACUAUUAACACACUGCAUAUAAUUUAUUAUAACAUUUAUAAUAAUUUCAUAAAAUAUAGCAUCUGGAACAAAAUAGCUACAGCAACAAAAUGGUGUUGAGAGAAACAGUAAAAACAACACUAUUAAUGUUGUUUGGUAUGCUGGUGGCAGAGUGUGCAGUUAGCACAAAUGAAUACAUGAAAAGGGAACACUCAUUAGUGAGACCCUUUCAGGGUGUUGGUGUUAAUUUGCCGAAUUGGGAUUUUUUGGGUCAUACAGUAGUGACCAGCAACUAUAUAAGACUGACACCGGACCUUCAAUCAAAAAGUGGUGCUUUAUGGAAUUAUUCGCCGUGUUUGACUAAAAACUGGGAAUUACAUGUCACAUUCAAAGUUCACGGCAAGGGUAGUGAAUUGUUUGGUGACGGUUUUGCCAUUUGGUAUACCAAAGAUCGUAUGCAAACUGGUCCAGUAUUUGGUAGUAAAGAUCAUUUUUCAGGUUUGGCAGUCAUCUUGGACACAUACAGUAAUCACAAUGGUCCCCAUAAUCAUCAACAUCCUUAUCUUAGUGCUAUGGUCAACAAUGGUACUUGGAGUUAUGAUCAUGACCGCGAUGGUACACACACCCAAUUGUCCGGGUGUGAAGUACGUUUCCGCAAUGUCAAUUAUGAUACACAUGUAGCCAUACGUUAUGAGAAUGAUAUUCUAUCCGUGUCGACGGAUCUCGAAAAUCGUGGAGAAUGGAAAAAUUGUUUCGUUGUGAACAAUGUCGAAUUACCCACCGGUUAUUUCUUUGGUAUGUCAGCCACCACAGGUGAUCUCUCAGAUAAUCACGAUAUUUUGGGUUUCAAGUUCUAUGAUUUAGAUACAAAUAUUACGCCUGAGCAAAUAAUGGCCCGUGCGAAUAUUAUACCAAAUGCUAAAACCUUCGAAGCACCACGUGAACAUAAGGAGGAUCCCAAACCGGGCAUGUCAAAUACCAAAAUCUUUUUCAUUUUAUUAUUUGGCAUGUUGGCGGCGGUGGCUGUUGCUAUUUUCGCCAUUUCCUAUUUCAAGGAGAAAAAUUCGCGCAAACGUUUUUACUAGUUUGUAAAUUUAGUCUUCAAACCUCCACAAAUUUCUUUGAGAGAAAAAGACAUGACCUUUUAAUUACAACAAAGAAAACGAGAAUAUCGAAGAUUUUUUAAUAUUCUAACAGUCAAUUUUGUUUUGAUUUAAUUAAAUUUAUUGUAUUUUUGAACAAAUUCUAGUAUUUCCUUCUAUACGUUAUGGUUUAUUUAUUCAAUUGGUUUAUAAUAUUUAUUUCUUUUUAAUUAAAAUAAAAAUACAAAAAAAAAACGACAUGUAAUACAAAAAUUGCAAUUUUCCAGUGAUAUUGCAUCUCCACAAAUUUUUAUGUAGCAAAAUGUUUAAAUGAAGUAAAAAUGUAAAUGUGUAAUGUAAUUAAAACAACAAAAUGCAAAUGGAUACAACUAUGGAUGAUUGUAAAUAAAUAGUUAAAUGAAAAUAAAA